UCCCACGAAAAGCGUUUCAAAGUUCAAACAAAAAAACACAAUAAAAAUAUAAAUCGAAGCCUCCAAAAAGAAAAAACAAAGGAAAAAUAGAAUCCAAAUUUGUCUAAUGAUAAACAGAAUUACAGAAAUUUGACUACGCAGGGUCGUGAAAUUGCUUUAGGAGCUCGAAUUUGUCAGCAAAAUUUAGCGGGUUUUCGUCGAGCCAUGGCGGCAGAAACGAAGUCGUUUUUGGCGCCGACGCAGAGGUACGCGGCGGGAGAAUUGUUCGCAAUCGCUGUCCACCAGGCUCAGAUGCAUCAGACUCGUCCUCUGGGACUUCCCACUGAGGAUGAUGAUCCUUCCUCUGAGGAGCGAAUGAGUAGCAGUAGCAGCAGCGACUCCGUCUCCGAAGAUCCUGAACUUUGGGUCCACGGAAACUCAGGUCUGCUCCGACCGAUUUUCAGAUUUCUAGAUAUUGACUCUGCAGCAUGGCUUGGACUUGAAGAAACUGCUGGAUCUUCUCCAGCCAAACACCAUGUCGGAGCAUUCUUGAGGUUACUAGCUGAAGAAAGCGAGGAUGGUUCUUCUGAAAGAUUGGAUCAGGAGGUUGCUCUUUCAAAUGGUGUUGAUACUAUGACACUUGGUAUGGAAACAAAUUCUGAAUUCUCCAAGGUUAAAAAAGAGAAGCAUCGUGAGUAUGAACAUGAAUAUCGUGAGAAAUAUUCCACUGCUGAGGUGCCAUCAAAUUCUGAAGUGGCAAACCGACAGAUAGAGACUCUGCAGGAGAGCAAUACUUAUGUGUAUAGUGGGAAUGAUGAACUUCAUGUGCUGGGUGGUAGUUUGGAUGAGAAACCUGCUGAAGAGGUUGGAAUGCUUAGUUACCAGAGGAAAGUGACGGCUCUUUAUGAGCUUCUUUCUGCUUGUCUUGCAGCUGCAGAUACUUGUGAAGAAAACAAAAGAUAUACCCGACGAAGAAAAGGCUAUGAUGCUCGACAUCGUGUGGCUUUGCGGUUGCUGGCAACUUGGUUUGAUGUUGAGUGGAUAAAAAUGGAAGCCGUUGAGAUGAUGGUUGCUUUCUCUGCAAUGGCUAUAGCAAAAGAGAAAGAAGCAAAAGAAGAAGAAUCCCAAUCAUCCGAAGGCAAAUGGGCAAAAUGGAAGCGUCGUGGUAUCAUUGGUGCUGCUGCAAUAACUGGAGGAACAUUAAUGGCCAUUACUGGCGGGUUAGCUGCCCCAGCAAUUGCUGCAGGAUUUAGUGCCCUAGCUCCAACGUUAGGCACUAUAAUCCCCGUGAUUGGGGCAAGUGGGUUUGCUGCAGCUGCAAGUGCUGCUGGAACUGUUGCAGGUUCUGUUGCUGUUGCUGCAUCAUUUGGAGCUGCUGGAGCUGGACUUACCGGUACUAAAAUGGCUAGGAGAAUUGGAAGUGUUGAUGAGUUUGAAUUUAAAGCUAUUGGAGACCACCAUAACCAGGGCCGACUAGCAGUUGAGAUUUUGAUCUCUGGGUUUGUUUUUGAUAAGGAAGAUUUUAUAAGGCCAUGGGAAGGACGGAUUGACAACAUGGAAAGGUUUGUGUUGCAGUGGGAGUCCAAGAAUCUGAUUGCAGUGAGCACGGCAAUUCAGGAUUGGCUAACUUCAAGAAUUGCCACGGAGUUAAUGAGGCAAGGUGCAAUGAUGACAGUUUUAAGCACACUUUUAACAGCAUUGGCAUGGCCAGCAGCAUUGCUUGCAGCUACUGACUUUAUAGACAGCACGUGGUCAAUUGCCGUGAACAGAACGGAUAAAGCAGGAAAGCUGCUUGCUGAAGUUUUAUUGAAAGGUUACCAAGGUAACAGGCCUGUGACACUCAUUGGUUACUCACUUGGAGCACGAGUGAUUUUUAAGUGUCUUCAAGCCUUGUCUGAGACUGAACAAAAUGCUGAACUUGUAGAAAGAGUUGUUCUUCUUGGAGCACCCAUUUCAAUUAAAGGCGAGAAUUGGGAAGCUGCAAGAAAGAUGGUAGCUGGAAGGUUUAUAAAUGCUUACUCUACAAAUGAUUGGAUGCUUGGAGUAGCGUUCCGUGCAAGUCUACUCACACAAGGAUUAGCUGGAAUUCAACCAGUUGGUCUGCAGGGGAUUGAGAACGUUAACGUAACAGAUUUGAUCGAAGGUCACUCUUCCUAUCUAUGGGCUACUCAGCAGAUUUUGGACCGGCUUGAACUUGAUGUUUACUAUCCUGUCUUCAAGAGCACUCUCCAUGAAUGAUAAUGCUCAAGUUUCUCUUCAAUUUCCUGUGAUUAUGCUAAGCUGCGUAGGUAAAAUAUUGCUUGAUUCUUUCCAUAUCUUCAUAAAGAAUGCGACUCCGAACUCAAUAGCAGGGUCAGGCAUGCUGGUGCUGCUGAAUCUGGAGCUUCUCUUGUCGGUCUGCAUUUGUUGUUUAUAUUUCCUUCUUGCUCUGUGUAUAUUACUACUACAAUAGCUUGCUUGCAAUUUAAGCCAAAAAUGAAGAAGAAGAAGAAUGUAAACUCAAGACAUUACUGAAAUAGUAAAUAAUCAAGGUUUUCAUUUACCAGGUUGCCAA